GCGCCCUCCAUCCAAAAUAAUAAAUCUCAGUGCCUCAGCUGAGUGUGGUCGCACGAGAGUUUGUGGAUACAAAUUUUGUUUAAGUUUGGAUAAGUUUCAGAACGAGUGAUUUGAUUUUGAUGUCGCAUAGUUUGGGUUGGUAACGGAAGGAAAACUUUGUUGUGUACUUAAUGCGUCUGUAAACAAAAUAAUCUGUUGAUUAUAUUGAAGUGCCUCAGUUUCCACCUAGGGGGCCUACGUGACGUGUGGUUUCUUUGUUUGAGUUUUUUAUUUCCGAAUAUAAUUAAAGCUUGCAAUGCUCAUUUCAUGUAAGUGUUUGAAUGUCACAAUCGACACGCAGAGUUCAGAAAUAAAAGACGUUAUUAUUGCUAACCUGGGUCUGAAUGCCGAUGAGGAAGCCGAUAAAUUUUUCAAAGAGACGAUAUAUGCUGUUGAGCAUGCAAGAAUAUCAAAAAUCCAGUCCUGCCUUGUGCAAAUCAGAUGCGUUGGAAACUGGAUAAUUAACUUUUGUUUAAACUGUUCGACAAAUACUCACGCUAUCAGGAGGGAUAAAGGAGCAGCGUUUAUUCUGUUCACCAAAGCUAUGUUGACGGACCAGGCAGAGAUAAGUGCUCUGAAAGACUCUGAAAACUGUUCACCAGCAUUUCGAAUAAUUGUCAGUUGCAGUGCUGAAAAUGCAAAUUCCAAGGCACUGAAUUUUUCAGCUUCACAACAGCCUACCGGAACAAAGACAGCCAUAUCAGCAUUGCAGCAGCAAUUGGCGGAUGUUAUUCAACAGGAGACCUUACGCAUUGAUGAAGCUGUGCGUUGUUUUCAGGAACAGCAAUAUGCAGCACUGGAAGAAUUCAGAGAGCGAGCACACAGGGAUCACAAUGCUCUUGUCAAGCUGCUAAUGGAAGUUUCACAGGAGCAUGAGAUGACACUUCAAAUACAGAAGGAGUCUGCAGAGCCUAUCAGUAAGACACCAUCAGCACCACACAGUGCUGUUGUGCCUUCCUCUAUUCAGGCUGGAGGUCUGUCGGGUGGAUCACUGCAGGGCCCUCGUGUCGCUCUGAAACAGCCUUCAUCGCGUGUAGACGGUCGCCAGGCUAACAGGCACAAUCCACUUGUGCAAACUAAUUCAAAUUCAAAGACUGAUAGGCACCAGCCUACAAAGGUGCAUGCUCAUAUUUCCACUCGUAGCAUGCCUGGUAAUGGAAAUGGAGGCUCUUUUGAUUCUGAAGGUCUUUUCGAUUUGGAUGGCAUGGAUGAUACCAGCCCUGGAGAAAUACUUCAGUCUGAGGAUGAAACAGAUACUGAUGAAUCAGGAAGCCAUGAUGAAGGAAUACACAUUCCACGUGGCAGAAGCUCUAGCAGCCACUUAGCUAAAUCACUUCCAGUCAAUGUGCCUGCAUAUGUGCCCACUCAGAGGCACAGUGGUGAAUUUGAAGAGGAUGUGCAUUACCCUCAAGAUCCUGUGGAUAUUGCUGCUUCCAUCAGAGCUCUGGCAAAAAGUGUACACGGAGAGAGUGAUGUGUUUGGUGAUCUCCCAAGGCCACGCUUCAGCACACAGAUCUGAUAAGUCUUUAUUGUGUGUGGUAAAUAUCUUUACUUAUGCUGGUCAAAGUAUUACUGCCCACAGUCUCCUGCCCUAAUGUCUGCCCUGCAUGCAGGGACUAGCUUUUAAGAAUAAUGAUGUAAGGUCAUACCACAGCAAGACAUAUAAGAGUGACUUAUUUUAACCAUAGAAAAAUAUGAACAAAGAGUAACUAAAUGUGUUUAGAGCUUUGGUGUAAUCAUCUGCUCGAUUGUAGUUUUUUAAUAACAGCUUUGUUCAGAAAAUUGUUUUAGAAGAGGGCUUCACUUUCAGUAUUUCAUACUUGCCUUCUGUAUGACUGGUCUUGCUGAAAGCUGUUGCCCUAGUCUGGUAUUUCAGAUAUCAAUACCGUUUUCGAAGGGACACAAAAUAUGCUUAGUUUUGUGUGAUUGUAUAUUUCUGGGAAUGCAUAAAUUUCCCAUCAGCAAUGUUGUUAAUUUCAAAGCAUUGUACAAAUAUACGCUGUAUUGACGCAGUUUACGCUGGCUUACAAUUUUAGAUGGUAACUUUGGAAUGGACAGUAAUAUGAACAAAACAAUAAGAUGUAAACUUGUGUCUUAAAUAGUCAUUUUAACUUUUAAGUGUACUUGGUAAUUUAAAGAGAUGUAUUUUUUUAUUGUACUUGAGAAAAUAAUUGAUCAGCAAGUAACAGCCAAGCAAAUGGAUUGUUUUUCCCCUUAAACAUUGUUCUUAUGUACUCCAUGCUCUAGUAGUUUGCUUUUACCCACCUUGAAUUGUGAUAAUACAAUGUCUUUCAUCAGUCUUGUAUAGUGUGUCAUAGUGAAUUGUUGUAAACUGCUGCUGUCAUAAACUGUAAUGACAGAUAAUGUCAUGUGGAUUAAGAUUCUGGUACUGUUUGAAGUAUAGCAAGAUGUUGAAAACUUUGUGCUAUAGGAAUAAUAGAAUGAUAUACUUUCUAUGUUUACCAUUGUGGUGAACAUACAGUUUCUGUAUACAUAUUAAGUCUGCUGAUUUAAUAUUUUGUUAUGACUGUUAUACUUUUGUUAAAUUUGAAGCAAAGAUUAA